AUGAAGUUAUCACCCGCUUUUACAGUCGCCUUGAUGGCGUUGGCCAAGAUGGUCGUUGCCGACUCAGCUAUGUUCAGCUUGAGCAUAUCCGGCGGAGUUGGAAUCAACCAGGCUGCUGGCGUGUUCAUGAAGUCUGGGAAGCUCGUGAUUGGCGCCGAGGGGUCUGCGAGAGCAGCCGUGACGGAAGAGGGGAAGUUGUCCUUCGGCGGUGGAUUGUUCGCAGUUGUGGAUGAUUCCGGCUUAAUCAAGGGUGGCGCAGAGGCAGAGGGUACCAGUGGCUUCUCCAUCACCAACGGCCGCUUGUCGUUCAGAGGCAUUAACACCUUCUGUACCACUCAUGUAGAUGGUGACAGUGCUCUCGCUGUGGGCGGCGGUAGCGGCGAAGCCUCAAUCCGCAUCCAAGCGACAGCUGGCGGCUCUGUCUUAGGUGACUUCAAACCAGCGGGCUCCGUUGACGGUUCCUGCUCAUGCCCUGACGCGUCUCUCCCUGGGAGUGGCACUCCGGGUAGCGGCGAUAGCACGCCAUCCGGCCCUGACGGUAGCCAGCCAAGCGGUUCUGGCAGCGGUGACCACCCAGCCAGCACUCCUGCAUCUGGCCCAGAGGGCACCCAGCCAAGCGGCCCUGGUAACGGCGAACAUCCAAGCGGCCCUGGUAACGGCCAACAGCCAGGCGGCCAACAGCCAGGCGGCCAACAGCCAGGCGGCCAACAGCCAGGCGGCCAACAGCCAGGCGGCCAACAGCCAGGCGGCCAACAGCCAGGCGGCCAACAGCCAGGCGGCCAACAGCCAGGCGGCCAACAGCCAAGCGGUCCUGGUAACGGCGAACAGCCAAGAGGUCCUGGUAACGACUCACCAGCGAACGGGCCUGCUUCUGGACCACAGGGCACCCAACCAAGCGGCCCUGGUAACGGCUCGCCAGCGGGCGGACAGCCAGCGAACGGCCCUGGGCACGGCCCUGGGCUCCCAACCGGCCCGGGACCUGCAAUCGGUCAAGACGGGAGCCAGCCAAGCGCUCCAGGUAACGGCGGACAGCCAGCGAACGCGCCUGCACAUGGCCCAGAGGGCAGUCAACCAAACGCACCUGCACCCGCACACGGCGCACCAAAUGCGCCAGCAGACUCCGUUGCCGGUAAAUUGCAUGGCGCGGGUCAGGCUCUAGGCCACGCCGCUGGCUCUGUUCAAGGUGGCGGACGCGUGGAUAUUGGCGCCGUGGGGAAUAUCGCUGGCGAUAUCUCGGGUGCAGCGGAAACCGCAGGCCAGAUUGCAGGCCGCCUUUCUGCUGCCGGUGAGGCUUUGGGACAAGCUGCCGGACGCAUAAGUGCGGACGGCGGCGCUAGCGCGGGUAUCGAUGCCCAUGCUGCAGGUGACGUUGCAGGUAAACUAUCCGGUGCUGCAGACCUCGUAGGUUCGAUCGCAGGCGAGCUAUCCGGCGCGGCAUCAGCUGCCGGUGAGCUAGCAGGAUCUGUGUCCGGAUCUUUGGGUGCUGCAGGAAAUGCGGGCGUGUCCGGCUCUGCCAGUCUCGGCGGUGAGGCAGCAGGCCACCUUUCUGGUGCUGCUCAGGUUGCUGGUGACGUAGCAGGCAAGAUUGCCGGAGCCGCUCAGGCAGCAGCGAAUGCUGCAGGUCAGAUACACGGUGCCGCGCAUGCCUCGAGCCAGGCUGGCGCCAGCGGCGAAAUCGCAGGCCAUAUCGCUGGCUUGGGCCAAACUCUCGGCGAGGCUGCCGCUACGCUCGGUGGACUUGCUGGGAGCUUGGGACCAACCAUAGGCGGUAGCGUGGGCCCAGGUGGGAUUUCUGGAAAUAUCGGAUUAGGAGGUGUCGGUCUCGGCAUCAACGCCGGGCUAGGCGGAGGUGCCGGUAUUCACCAGGCGGAAUUAAGCAAUGCUGAUGGCCAUUCUCCUUUCGGAAACAAAGAGGGCGAAGAGAAUGGACAGCAAGCUUGCUCAACUGUUACCACCACUAUCGUUGCAGGCCAAGCCGACCAGGGUGGCGUGGCAACCGUGACCGUUCCACCUGGUGGAGGGGUAGCGACUGCCACUGUCUGGGCAGGUGAGAACCAGCAGGGCGGCAACGAAGGCAACCAAGGUGGUGUGGCGACAGCUACUGUCUGGCCAGGGCAGGGUAGCAACGAAGGCAGCCAGGAGGGUGUGGCUACAUCUACCGUUUGGCCGCAGCAAAGCUCGCAGGGUGGCCAAGCUACGAGAUCUAUCCAACAGGCAACCACUAACGGCGCCGGAUUUAUGAACUUCCCAGUCGGUGCGGGGCUUUUGGCUGCUGCUGCUAUGUUGUUGUAA